UCAGUUUAGUUGAGUUGAGUUGAUUACUCUAACUUAAUACAAGAUUCCUAGAUUGCGGUGAUUGUGCUUGAUGAGUGAAUGUCAUGGAAAGUUAGUUAUGGGGAGAGAAUUUGCAGUCACUGCAGCCUUUAUUUUGUACAUCCGUACUUAUUUUACUUGUUUUUAUAGUUAGCCUAUUUCGUGGUUGCCGAUGGUAAUAUCUGAACAAAAAUGAUUUUACUUUUAAAGUAUUUCAUCUUCUUAUUUUGGUUAGGAUGCAUGUUAAUUUGUGGGAUGUUCUUGUUUACCAGAGGAUUUCUACUUAAUCGAGAAGUCCUGCAUUUUUAUUCAUCAUGCAAAUCUUCUUCUAGUCUUGGCUUUUGUGAUAUUAUGUUUAAUUCUAGUGCAAAAAAUGAAAUAAAUGGAGAGCAUAUCCUAGAAUGUACUGAGGAGAAUGUUGUAUCAAAUCAAUUGAACAAUAAAUUAGAUAGUUCUCAGUUUUGUUUUAAUAGCAAUAUAAAAGUGAUUUUGCUUUUGAUUGAUGCACUUAGUUAUGAUUUUGUUCUCUACAAUGAAAGUCUUGUAGAAAAUAUUCCUCCCUAUAAAAACAAAUUGCCUUUCAUUGAUGAAUUGUUAAAAAAGGAGCCAGAUAAAGGGAGGUUAUACAAGUUCAUUGCUGAUCCUCCAACCACUACGAUGCAGAGAUUGAAUGGUCUUACCACAGGAAGCUUACCAACUUUCAUUGAUGUAGGAUCUAACUUUGAUACAUCUGAAAUAAAUGAAGACAACCUUAUCGAUCAGUUAGUAAAGGCCAAGAAAAAUAUAACUUUCAUGGGAGACGAGACAUUAACAUUUAUGUAUCCUGGAAGAUUUCGAAAAGAAUAUCCAUAUCCCUCUUUUAAUGUCUGGGACUUGGAUUCUGUAGAUUCUAAUGUAAGGGAACGACUGGUACCAGAAGUAAAAAGUAACGAUUGGGAUAUUAUAAUAGCUCACUUUCUUGGAGUUGACCAUUGUGGACAUACUUACGGUCCCUUCCACUCAGAAAUGGCAAGGAAGUUAACAGAAAUGAACGAAGUAAUUAGGAGUGUUGUUGCUGAAUUGGACAACAAUACUAUUCUAUUUGUUAUUGGAGACCAUGGCAUGACUGCAACAGGGGAUCACGGAGGUGCCAGUGAAGAGGAAGUGACCAGUGCAAUGUUCGUCUACUCCAAUCGAGCGUUUAUCAAGGAUAUUGAUCCAGUAGAAGAAGUCCGUCAGGUCGACCUUGUGCCUACUCUGGCGUCAAUAAUGGGAACUGCAAUCCCGUUUUCCAACCUUGGAAAAGUUGUUGUCAAUGUUUUGCCUUCAUUCUCACUCAAAUCAGAUCUUUCUAGUAACUGGGAAUAUAUCCUUAUCGCUCUAUGGACUAACAUCAAACAAGUUACGUUGUAUAUCCAAGAAUAUGCUAAAACAAAAGAGGAGUUCCCUACUGAAAAACUUGCUGAAAUAACGGACGUCUACAAGAAACUGAGAUUGCAAGUCGAGGGUAUAAGUGGUGAGGAAGAAUUGUUAAUUUUCAUUAACGAUUCAACACUGUUCAUGCACGAUGUUAGAGAAAUGUGUGCACAAGUAUGGGCGCAGUACGAUACAAUGGCAAUGUCGAGAGGGUUAGUUUUGUACUUUCUGUUGGUAGCGUUUGCUUUCAUUGUAAUUGAAGGAACUCCGAUCCAUGAGCUAGAUGGGAUCAUAGAUUGUGUACUGAUUCACGCUGCUUACGGUUUAGUCAUAAUCUCUUUGGUCGUGCUCGGUUUGUUGAGAUAUCUGGACGUUUUGCAGGAUGCAGAACAACUGGUUUAUUUUUGUGUGUGCACCCUCUCAGUAGUAUGCUUGUGUAUUAUCGUAAUCAUAAACUGGAGUUCCAUUGCCUGCCAUUGGUACGAGAUGAGUAAAUCGUCAAACUUGGCAAGUGUAUUCUGUAGACUCAUUACGCUAUUCAGUUUCGCCGGACUUUUUUCUAACAGUUAUAUUAUCAACGAAACAUUUACGUGUCAUUUCUUACUGAUCUCUCUCGUUUUUGUGUCCAUGUUAGAAGUGAAAGGUGAAAUCCCCAAAAAGGUUGCAAAGACUUUUGAAUUAUUACAGUCGUUAAAGUCCUUUCUUUUUACAUCCAGAGGUAAAGCUCUGUCGUUAGUGUUUGUUUUGUUUCUAUUGCUGAGGAUUUCCGCGAUCUACAUAGUGUGUCGAGUCGAACAAAACUGUGUGCUGUCUAAGCCGUUACUGACUGAAUCGUCGAGGUGCUUGUUGACGAUAGUGUUUAUCGCUGUGUUCAUCACUGCCGCUCGUUUGUACCUGCGUAGUUGUGGGAACCUCGUGGGGUUCUCGCCUACAGUAUUUGUCUCGCGCUACGCUCCUACGGCCAUCGUCAUCGCCACAGGUGGGUUCUGGAUUCUACAGUCGCUUCCUCACAAAACCCAACACAAACUGUUAGAGCCGUGGCAGCUGCAGAUACUGCCCAGGACCGCCAUGUGCCUAUUGAUCGUCGGUCUGUCCACUCUGUUUAUCCGUCCACUCAGUGUUUACCAUGUGAGUCGUCACAGCAACAACUUCAUCCCAUAUGACAACAUCAUACCUGCUCUUUUCAACCAACUCAAGGAGGUGAUGGUGCGGCGCACAGGCAGUGAUGUGAAGGGUUACCCUGUAGUGUUUGGACUGGCCACUGUCUACAGUGCUUGUUACAUCAAUGUGUCUGUGCUGCUGACUCUGCUAGCCGUGCUACUGCUUGGUUCCGAGACUGCUGCUGCUGCCGUGCUGAUGACGUUAUCUCUUUGGACACUGGCUGUUGUCACUGCCAUUUCCCGCCAGAACAAAGGGGUUGCCUGUGAAGUGCCGUGGUGGUGUGUGGUCGCCUGGGGCCUCUCCAGUAUCCACUUCUUUUACGCUACGGGUCACCAAGCUUCCUUCUCCACUAUUGACUGGAAGUCCGCUUUUCUGCUAUCGCCCAACUCAGAGUUGUCGUCGUACAUUGUCCCAGCUGUCCUGGUCAUAGGCAAUGUUUUCUCAUCUCAUAUUCUUCACGCCACUUUGUUGCCGUUGUUGGUGAUUGUGCCGCAGACUCUUGCUUCAUCCAUGCAUGAUGCCAAGAGAGCCGAACUCAACCUGUUUGAACGUGACAGACAGAUGAAUCGGGCCGUUUUCAAGUUAAUCAUACAAUAUAUGCUGUUUUUCAGUCUUAGGGUGUUUGGCUGCAUGUUAGCAGCCAGUAUACACGCCCGCCACCUCAUGGUGUGGAGCAUCUUUACACCUAAGUUGAUCUUCGAAGGUAUCGGGUUUGUUCUCAGCCUUCCCUUCACAAUGGUUGGGUUUUUCUUGCUCCAGAGGAUAACCACGAGAUUAGACUCUAUGCUCCAAGACAUCCAACGUAUCUGUAAUUUUGGACAGAGUAAGCAGUCUGUUUGCCCUUUGUAAUGUUUUAACCAGGUAAACUAAAAUAUUUUGUUGCUAAAACUGUAUGCUAAUAAUACCCCCGCCGCAGCAAACCUGCCGACUAAGCGAAUUUCCAUUUGUCUGAAUUGAUUUUCAGUUGAAUAUAUUUUAAUAACAUUAGGUUUAACGAGUACCUAGGUUUGCUGCUACAAGGAAACUAAUAAAGUGUGUUUUUGAGUAAAAUA